UCGGAGAAGAAACCAAAACCACUAAUCUCUUGAACAAUUAACCUUCAGUUUUUCAUCUUUUCCCUCUUCUUCUCCAAAACCACCAAAUUUCAUCGUCUCUCUCAAAUCACACGCCUCUCUGUUCUCCUCAAUCAUCCAAACCCACCACCUCAACCAUAUCAUGGGCCGCGAAUCCACGGCCCUGAUAAACAACAACAACAAUGAUCAUACUCCUCCAUACACCGGCGGCGACAUUCCCGACCUCAUUUGGCCCUUCGGCGAGCUCGACGGAAUCAAUAACCACCAGCUCCGCGAAACUGCCUACGAGAUUUUCUUCACAGCCUGCAGGUCUUCCCCUGGCUUCGGGGCAGGGCUUAAGUCCAUUAAUCAAACAGGUUACACAGAAGAAUUAGGUCAUGUAGCAGCGUCAGGGUCGUCGCCGGCGAGGGUAAAUCAUGGUGUGGGGAUGGCGGUUACGAGCAAAUUGAAGAGAGCAUUGGGGCUCAAAAUGCUGAAACGAUCCCAAUCCAGAAAGACCGGAUCUCCCAGAUUCGCCGGUGGUAACGGAGGAGGAGCCAGUCCGAGCCCGGGGUAUAACAACGUUAAUAGUAUCGUCGGUACGGCGGGGAGGAACAGACGGCCGUUAACGUCGGCGGAGAUUAUGAGACAACAAAUGAAGGUGACAGAGCAGUGCGAUAACAGGCUGAGGAAGACUCUGAUGAGAACCCUAGUUGGACAGACGGGAAGGAAGGCGGAGACGAUCAUCUUACCGUUGGAGCUUCUCCGGCAACUUAAGCCGUCGGAGUUUACAGACUCUCACGAUUACCACGUUUGGCAACGCCGACAACUCAAGGUCCUCGAGACUGGUCUCCUUCACCAUCCUUAUAUUCCACUCAUCAAAUCGAACAAUUUGUUAGCGAACAAACUAAGGGAAAUAGUCAGCUCCGGUGAAGCUCGACCCAUCGACGUCGGAAAAAACUCCGAGCAGAUUCGCGCCCUCUGCAACUCUGCAGUCUCUCUCGCAUGGCGUUCAAUCGACGGCUCACCCACCGAUGUCUGUCACUGGGCCGAUGGGUACCCUUUUAAUACCCAUAUCUACAUUUCCCUUCUCCGAUGCAUAUUCGAUCUAAAAGAUGAUACAGCAGUCAUCGAUGAAGUCGACGAGCUAUUGGAGUUGAUGAAGAAGACUUGGUCCAUAUUGGGUAUUAAUAGGUCAAUCCAUAACUUGUGUUUCACUUGGGUUUUGUUCGAGCAAUAUGUUGCCACUGGUCAAACGGAGUCCGAUUUAUUGUCUGCUUCUCUCACGAUGCUUAAUGAGGUGGCUAAUGAUGCCAAGAGACCUAACAGGGAGAAUUUGUAUGUGAAGAUGUUGGGAUCGGUUGUGAGUUCGAUAAAGAGAUGGUCGGAGAACAAAUUGCUUGAUUAUCAUAGCUAUUUCCAUCGUGGUAAUGUUGGGUUGAUGGAGAAUAUGCUUCCUUUGGUUUUCUCCGCCAUGAAGAUCUUGGAGGAAGAUAUCUUGGUGGCGGCAGCCGCUGCAGCUCAGGACAAGGGGUUGGAAGUUGCCGGGGAACACUCUAUUGAGAAGAGAAUAGCUGAAUAUACUCGAUCGUCGAUGAGGAAUGCUUUCGCUCAGCUGGUGGAGAAUAGAAAUGCGAGUAACGAAAAGGAAGACGAGGGUAUUGAACUGAGUGACGCGUUACUCCAGUUGGCUAAUGAAACGCAAGAGCUAGCAUUGAAAGAGAAGGAAUUCUUCAGUCCGAUCCUCAAGAAAUGGCACCCAAUAGCUGGAGUUUCUGCGAUAGCAACUCUCCACUCUUGUUAUGGCACUGUCUUGAAACAAUAUCUCACCGGAGUGUCAUCUCUCAACGUCGAGAUGAUUACUGUGUUGCAAAGAGCAGGGAAGCUCGAAAAGCUCAUGAUCGACAUGGCGACAGAAGAAGAGUGUAAAUCCGUUGCCAAAGAGAUGGUUCCUUAUGAGGUUGAUUCUGUGAUUAUGACCCUGAUGAAACAAUGGCUUGAUGAAAGGCUCAAAAGAGGAAGAAAAUGUGUUGAAAGAGCUAAAGAAACUGAGACAUGGAAUCCAAAGUCGAAAACAGAGCCUUAUGCUCAAUCAGCCGUGGAGCUAAUGACCAUGGCCAGGGACAACGUAAACGACUUCUUCCAAAUCCCAUUGGGAGUCUCCGAGAAUUUAGUGCAUAACUUCGCCAAUGAAUUCAAUCAUAUCUUCCGCGAUUACAUCUCUUUUGUCGCCUCAUGUGGUAAGCAUGCACAUUUCAUUACUUAUUUCAUGGUUUCACUCUUAAACAAUUAUCUUGUCUGUUCAGGAUCAAGACAGAGCUAUAUGCCAACUCUACCUCCAUUAACGCGAUGCAGCGGUGAGUCCAACUUCUUUAAGAUGUGGAAGAAGAAGAUCGGUCGAUCGACAGCAACGGCUACCCAUUAUGAGCAAUUUGAAGAACAUAACAAGGAAGAUCAUCAGCAUCAUCAUCACCAACAUAAUCAUUCUUCCACCAGCCGAGGAACUCAACGACUCUACAUCCGUCUUAACACACUCCAUUACCUACUUUCCCAAAUCCAUUCACUCGACAAAGCUCUAUCCCUUUCACCCAGAAUCAUCGUCCCAUCAUCAUCCUUACAGUCACAAAAACGCCUUCUCCGAUCAUCCUCAGCCUACUUCGGAAAUGCAUGCGCCUCCAUUCAAUACGCAUUGGAACACGUCUGUCAAGUAGCCGCCUACCGAUUAGUAUUUCUCGAUUCAAAAUUAGUCUUUUACGACAGCCUCUAUAAAGACGAUGUCUCCAGUUCCCGUAUAAAACCGGCUCUCAAGAAACUUAAACAGAACAUAUCAUUGGUCUUCGCAAUCGUGGCCGACCGGGCUCAACCGUUGGCUCUGAAGGAGAUAAUGAAGGCUGCGUUCAACGCGUUCUUGAUGAUCAUUCUAGCAGGGGGGAGCUCGAGGGCGUUUCAGAGGGGAGAUUAUGAAAUGGUGGAAGAUGAUUUUAAGAAUUUGAAAAGGGUAUUUGCAAGUUGUGGAGAAGGGUUGAUAUCGGAGGAGGUGGUUGAUAGGGAGGCGAAUAUGGCGGAGGGUGUGGUUGCGCUUAUGGGACAGUCCACGGAGAAUUUGGUGGAGGAUUUUAGUACGGCGGCGUGUGAAGCGAAUGGGAUUGGGAUAAUUGGAAGCCGGCGGGUGCCUAUGCCGCCGACGACUGGGGUAUGGAAUAGAACAGAUGCGAAUACUAUAUUGAGAGUUUUGUGCCAUAGAAAUGAUAAGGCGGCUGGUCAUUUCUUGAAGAAGACGUUUCAGCUCCCAAAGAGACGAUGAAAUUUGUUCAUGGAAGAAGAAGAAGAUGAUGACACUGUAAAAAAAAAAUUAUAUAUGUAUAAGUAACAUAUUUACACUAUCAUCAUCUUUACCACAAAGAGUAAGAUGAGAGGUAAUAAUUAUAUAUAUUAUUAAUCUGUCUGCAUUUUGUUUAUGUAAGCAGAUGAUACAGUCUUAGCAAUACAGUCACAACUUUUUUUCAAAUGAUGUCUUG